AUGGAACGCCGGGACGCUGUUGCUGUGACAACGCAAACAGAACACCAACUUUUUGUCAGCAAGUGCACCGAUAUUUUUUUUAACGGAAGCCCAAACCAAGAAGCUUCUGGAUUUAGUGUUUAGCUUCAAUACUAUUUUUCAUAGUAAAACACAAUGAUUCCACCAGCCGAGUCUCUCCUGAAAUACAAUAAUCCAGUUUUGGUCAGCAAAUGCACAGACAGAAAAUCGCCAAAGGGGCGCCCUCUAAGAGUGAGCCCUCAGCAGCCUGUUGACUCUGGCCCUGUUCCACCACCUCCUAAACCAAAGUCAGCCUCCACUGAGGCCACCAAGCAGGAAAAUGAGGAGAUCCUGAAUGCCAUCCUUCCACCCAGGGAAUGGAUGGAGGGGAACCAGCUGUGGGUGCAGCAAGUGUCCAGUGCACCUUGUACAAGAGCAGAUGUUGUGAACCUAGAGGAACUCUUAGACACGAAGCUGCAGCAAAGGCAGGCCAGAGAAACAGGCAUCUGUCCUGUCCGCAGGGAGCUCUAUUCCCAGUGCUUUGAUGAGCUGAUCCGACAGGUGACUAUCAACUGUGCUGAGAGAGGUCUGCUGCUGUUGCGAGUUAGAGAUGAGAUUCAAAUGACUAUUGCUGCCUACCAGACACUGUAUGAGAGCAGCGUGGCAUUUGGCAUGAGGAAAGCACUGCAGGCUGAGCAGGGCAAGGCUGACAUGGAGAAAAGAAUUUCUGAUCUGGAGAAUGAAAAGCACGACCUGAAGAAGCAACUGAACGAACAGAAAGCCAAAUGUGAUGCUGUUGAAAAGAGAGAAAAUGAAAGGCGACAGGUGGAGGAAAAGAAGCAUGCAGAGGAAAUACAGUUCCUGAAGAGAACCAAUCAGCAACUCAAGGUGAUGUUUCAUAAAUACAUACAAAAGAAAAAUGUCUUAUUAAGAUUGAGCAUUAAUAGUAGCUGUGUUCCCUGUCUGAAACUUUCUACUGGCCUAUUUGUUUUGUUUUUUUUCCAGACACAACUGGAGGGGAUCAUCACACCAAAGAAAUAA